GUAGUAGUGGCAGAAUGAAGAUCAAGACGAAGAUCAUUGAUAUGAAGAAGAAGAUCCCUCCGGAGAAGAUUCUUAACAUCAAGAUCAAAAUCAAGCUCAAGCUCCAUCUCUCAUCGGUAAAAUUCCUAAGAAAGCAAGAUCCAAAAUCAGCACUGAAUGGUAAUCGUAAUUUCACUCAAAUAGUAAUUGCGCUCAAGCAGGUCUGUCUUUUUGUGUUUAAGAUCAACAGUUCGAUAUCAGAAAAGCAAACCUCGGUUUUUUGAUUUUUCCCGUCGAAAGACGUAAAAAAUCUCGUAAUAUUCUACAUCCCCUUGCCCCUGUUGAUCUCUUAUAUGUUUUCCUGCAAUUGUUGACUUUAUUAUUUCCGAAAUACGUAAUUUCACUCUGGCAAAAAACUUACUACAUUGAUUACUUGAUUUCUGUUACCUAAUAUUUUGUUUUUUUUGGUAACUCGAAAACAAAAACCCUUGUGUUUCGCUAGAGUUUCGGCUCGUCAAAAGUGCAUAGUGGUCUUGUUGAGUAGCCUUCAGGAGAUCCUUAUAGAGGAUUUCUUCGAUAGUUAUAAUAGAGUCGAGUCUAAUAAGUUAUUAGGCUUCUUCUACUUCGAGUUACUCGAGUUGCAUCAACGGGAACAAGAAGUAGAAGAGGGUGAGCGUGAUAUUACAUAUUAGGAUGUGCUGCAUCACCUGACGCUGAUAGUCGCAUUUCCAUCACUUCUAAUGAGAACGAUGGUGGAGACGCUGCAAGAGUCGAAAGUCAAGAAGAGGACGGUCAAGCGAGAGAUAUGACAGGAAAAACAGAAAGUGUGUACUCAUGUAAUUAUUGCAAUACUCCAGAAAUAGAGAGGCACGACCACAGUUUCCUAUUUUUCCUACUGAAGAUCGCCUCAAGAAAAUACGACAAAGUGGAACCACCUUCCUAUUCCUAGUUAACAUCUUGAAUCAAAUCGCGUGCGUAUUCAUAUUUUCUGGAGGACCUCCUAUACCCUAAGCCCUAAGCUAUUUCCUCUCAUUCUUGGCGCCGACGAAUCUUCCUGGUUUUUGGAUAUAUCCACAGAGCUGCAGAAACAACAGAUACGCAUGAUGACAGGGAAAGCCGAAGAAAGUACCAAAUUGAAAUCCUUUCAGUUUCCAUAUGUAUCACUGCAACUGCUAAAAACGAGGACCUUAACUAUUAUUACAACUAGUACUACUACUGAUUUCAAUGAACUGAUGAAUCAUCUACACUUCUACUUCUGAAUUUAUGUACUUAUUUUCUCCUACAGUUUAACAAGAUGAAGAUAACGUCGUAGUGCGUCUACGUGGUCAAGGUCAUGAUCUUGGUUGCAUAUACUUAUGAGAUGAAGCUCGUGUUGACACUAAAGGUAAUAGUUUUACCACUUCUCUCUGUUUGGCAGACGCAGACAUGGAUGCGUGAGUGUAGUCUUAAUGUUAGUUUCUGUAAGUAUCUUCAGAUACAUUUUGAUUUUGAUUUUUGAGGCCUUAGUUAACAACAUACUAGUACUGAAACGACAAAAAAAGUACUGAAGGAGCCUGAGCCUCAGACGAUUAGAACUAACCGAGGCAAUAAGAAUAUCAUCUGACUUUCGGAAGCAGGAGACUAGGUAGUGUUAGUUCAUACUACACUAGUAUCAUCAACCUGUCCGAACACGCAGCCUAGUCCAUAGGCAUAGCCAUACGAGAUCAUAAAUCUGUAGAAAAAACGUACUAGUACAUCACUAGAACCAAAAAAUAACGACAUUACUUAACCUGAGUGAUGCAAGAACAAAACAAUUACCAACACUACUUGGCACAGGUGCGGCCGCGGGUUCUAAUGAAGAGGGUGGCGGAGGCGGCAACUCGUUUGCAGAUUGUGGCGUGAUCACGCUGAUCUCUCUUGUUAGCGUCCUCGUGUUAGCCCUGACCGUUGGUGUCAUUAUUGUUAUGCCUCACAAGUAAUGGUGCCAUAUGCGACAGGUAGUUGCUGUACAACUAGGUUGUACUUGUCGUGACCUAAUAGAUAGUUUGUGUAGUAGAUUCUUAUUCUACUUCUAGAUAAUGCCAACGACACCUUAGAAAUUUCAGACUGUACAGCUUGUAUGCAAAAAUUUCUGUCACUAUUGCUAAUACUAAUAGCUGUAGUGCUUCUAACCAUCCUCACUUCUCUCACUCAAAUCAGUAGUACCAACAUCACUAUCACGACUAGUAUAUUAGUCCGAUGUUUCAGCAUAUCUGCACUAGAACUAACUUAUGUUAGAAGUCUCUCUGUACUACUGCGGUGCUUGAUGCGCAGGGCUGAGGCGGGAGCCCCUCAGAAUCUGAAUCUAAUAAUCUAAAUCUAAAUCAGUGACUAACCCCCACACUCUUGCUACAGAAGUGUUAAUAUUGAUGAUUCUAAGGUCUCCACCUGUAGUAUAAACUCCACCUCCACCUCCCUCACCCACACGUCUAUGAUCUCUAAUGAAGCUAUUGUUCACUUUACUCCGGCGGCAGCAGCGGGUGGAUCGGGAGACGUGACCGAGUUUGAGGACGAAGUACAAGGAGAAUCUCCAGCAGAAAGCUUAAGGCAGAUUGAUGAGCAAUAGCGAUAGAUUGAGUGUAGGCUCUGCGAGUUCCUUUUGAUGUUUAAAGACCAGAUACUCAGUCUUUGGUCUUCAUCGGUCAACAUCAUCGUCAUCAUUAAUAGCUAUAGAUAUAGUCGAGAACUAACUCUACAGAGUGCUUGCGUGCGUGGUAAUCCGCACGUGGAAGCAAUAGCAUGAGCAUCGAGAUGGACUAAGAAUUGAAGUGAAAACCUCUCUCAUUCGCAACUACCGUUCUUUCCAAAAAUUGUAGGUAGUAGGAGAAAACGUGCAUUAUGCGGCACAACGGUCGAAAAAUACAGCUAGAAAUUGAGCCGAGGUAUCCAGCUAUUUGUAUUUCUAUUUACUGCCUUCUAGAAUAAGAAUCAAGAGUACCACUCAGGAUGACAAUCAAUCAAUUAAGAGUCUUGAGAUGAAGUAGAGACAGAAUAUAUUUCACCAGUGCUUGAAGACGCGUCGCCUCUAAUUCUUUCGAAUGCAAACAACACCUCGCUGCUUGAUGUUAUGGCUUCUUUUUGUACGUUCCAGAGUGGCAGUGGCUCCAGAGUGGCUUCCUUGUAUACAUGAAAUAGAAACUGAAACUGAAGACCUCCAAGACUUUUCUUGUUCAUAAUGAUCAGAUCAUUAAUUAUCGUACUAAUAGUUCUAGUAUGAAUAUGUUCCUUCUAGAUUCAUUCAAGUAGAAGUAGAUCCCGAUCACCCGCUUGUACUUACAGCGCUAACUACAGCACGACGACGACUAGUCCGGGUCCGCCUCCUAUUAUUAUUAAUCCCAGUUGUUCUUCUUCUUGUUGUGUUUGAAAGCUAACUAUAAAGAAAAUUCUAAUGAGCCACUGGAGAGCCCGGUUGGAAAAGAGGGUGAAGAGGACAAGGACGAGGGGGGCGCGCCUCCGAACAUGGAGGUUUUCGCGUUUGAUGAGCCUGCGAAUUAUGCGAAGAAUCAACGUUGUAAUUGUAAUUCUCAUAGUAAUAGGAAGUAAGAAGUGAAAAAGUGGUAGUUGUACUAGUACCUUCCUCGUGAACCUGAAGUACUACAACUUCAGAGUGUCCACUACUUUCACAUGCACACACGUGCUUCUUUCUCUUGUCGAAGUCUAUCAGGACAUCUGAUUCAGAGGACUUCUAGACUAAAACCCCUAUGAUUAGCUAAUUUCUAAUACCCCAUCUUUAUCAUCCUCAGAGGAAAGUCUGAAUCUGCUCUACAGCGAAACAGACUACACACUCAAGAACUACUACUAGCUGUAACAAGUCAAAUGAAGAUAGUACCGCCCAGCCACGACCUGUUAGUAAUAGUACCAGGCGACGGAUAUAAUAUCAUUCCUUGACUUAAAAGCAAUAUACUUUUCAGUCUACGCAUUCGCAUUGGUAUUCAAGUAUGUAAAUGAACUAAUCUCGACGGGCACUACUAAAAGUGUCAUCAGGGAUCCACACAUACACUCAUUGUUCUAUGUAAGUAUAUGUAUUCCGCUAAAUAAUAUGCAUGGAUGAAAGAAAAGCAAGUGCAAGAGGGAUACCUUUAUUUAAUUCUAUUCUUAUAGAUGACUGAUAUAGAUGACUCAUUCUGUCGAUACGUACCUUUAAAAAUACUUUUUUGAUCCUCACUGAACUACAACUGCUUAUAAUUCUUGCUCAAAUUUUUAUUACUGAUGUUGCGCUUCCGCUCAUGCAUGAAGGAAGAGGGAUACAACCAAACUGACUCUUUAAUUCUAUUCCGACUGAUAGAUGACUGAAGAUGCUCUACUGUAAGUAAUAAGUAAAAGUAUGUACCUUUGAAAAUCAAAAUUUCAUAACUAGCUAUAAAUCUGGAAAAACUUCUUGUGAUUUUGUUUUUUCCUUUCCUGCUGAAGGUGCUACUAAUAAAUUAGAGUUGUCUUAUUUGAUUCGUGUUUAGUUAGGGGUCUAAGACAGAAGAUUGAAUAGUCCGCUAUCGUCUAGAAAAACUGCAUUAGAGUUGUCGCUAAUACAUGAAGGAAGACGAAGAGGUGCCUGCGCGAGACGCGUCAGGCCGCUUUUUGGAUUUGGCGGAUGAUAAGUCUCAGGGAAAGCCAUCUACCGCAUCUGCAGCUGGAUUACCAGAGAAAGACGCAUCUGUUAUGAUUUGAAAUAAGAACUGAACGACAAUCAAGAGAGUGAGAUUUUUUUUUUAGAUUUUCGAUCAGGUGGAUUAUCAACAUCUGGAUUAACCACUUUAUAACUUUUUUUUUUAUUCUCGACAUCAAAUUUUCGUUAUGUUAUUAAUUGGUUUAUUUCAGGAGCGUUAUGCGGGGAAGCAACAAGAAGAGAGCAACUACAUCCCUACUUGAAGAGAUCGAAGUCUCGUAACCACCCGAAUACACGAUGAUGAUGAUGAUGAUGAUCCUUAUUAACAUUAAGUAUUUUCUAGUUAGGUCUGCCUCUGCUCCAACAACAAUAUAAUUAAAAUUCAAUUCAACAUUAACAUUAUCAAGUAGUUUCAUUAUGAUCUAAAGUUACGAAGAAGAUGUCGCAGGACAGCAUUCCCGACCGACCUAAAACCGGAAUCUUGCAGUUCCAGGAUACUCCCGCGAACCCAGGUGCAGAGAACCCAGCACCCGCAGAAGAGGACCAAGCUGCUUAUGCAAUACUUACUCAACCCACUGCCACUGUAUGAACAUUAAAACACAUACUGGGUUGGAAGUUGACAUCUCUAUGAGCAUGUCUAUGGUUUCUUCUAGUAGGAAAGCCAUAGAUAUGCGAGCUAGAAGAGCGGUCAACUUUCAACCCCUACACUCAGACUAAGCGCGUGUAGGUGUACGAGGACAGGGACACAAUUGAUAAAUAGAAUUACAGAAAGAUCUUGUCAAAGUUGUACUAGUCAGAGUUAUUAGUAGUGACACCCCCAGGGCAGUUGGACGAACUAGCGGAGCCAGAAUAGACGGAUCCUAGCAUAAACAUGGCCACGAACUAACUUUCUAAUGGACUAUUCUUUUUCUUUUUUUGUGUUUUUGUUUCCUAGUUAAGUAGGCGUGCUGGUGCUCCACCGUUUUUAUUAGUUUUUUCUAGUAGUUAGGUCAUCUGCGUCUACUCCACCACAUAAAAAGGGUAUUAGACUGUUCUAACAUCACGGAGGAGCACCCGCCCAGUUCUACAAUGAUGCCCUUGCUGAUGAUUCUGGCGAGGACUUCACGUUCUCCAAGCAGGAUUCCUACGAUGCGAAGCGCCGCCCUCUAGUCGCGGCUUCCUUAUGGUGAUGCCUAAGUCAAAGUCUGUCAUUGUCAAUUACUUGGUGAAUGUUUUCUUGAGUAUGAGAUAAUAACUAUCAGAACUUGUCUUAUGCGCCCCCAGUAUGUAAUUUGGAUGACAAUAGUUGAACAUGUUAGUUGAUUGUUUGAAAGGGUGGUGGCAUAUAGUCCUAACGCAAAAGAAAAACACGGGUGCUAGGAACAGUACCAUCAGGGAAACACACAUGACAUUUCUACAUCUAGUAAUAGUAGGAGUGCUAGGUGGAGUAAUGUGAGUCUUGAUGUUUGAAGUAUACCUAUACGUAGGCGUUGCUUGUUUGUUGAGAUGCAGCAGGCUCCCGGAACUAGAAAAUUGUGUAGUCUAAGUCAAUAGGACAAGUAUUGGAGAUACUCUGUUGAAGUUGUUAUCCAAGUCAUAUCUACGUCAUCUAACUACAUCCUUUUCUUGCUUAGGUGGACUAUAAUUUCUAUGAACAAGAACUCGUACAAGUAAAAGUCAGACUAUCUUGUUCAUAUGAUUACAUCAUAAUCUUCAGAAGAAGCAAGUUGCUGAAUAGUUGUAAUAUUUCUUUCUUCGCGAGAACAACAAGUGCAAGUGCGAGUCUAGCGGUUCUAAUGAAGAAACAAGUUCGCGAAGCCAGGAAGAGGGCAAAGCCGAGUCCAACCGACGGGUAAAGCACGGGUAAAUUGCGAUGUAAGCCUCCAGAAUUAGAAUAUUCACAGAGCUUGAACGCAUCACAAUCACUCCUCGUUGCCGAUGAAUGAACAGUGAAGGUAUAAAUCUUAGCAUGCACAUGAUGACGAUCAGGAGGAAGAUAGAAUUUCAAAUUCCAUUUACAGACGCAAUAUUAAUACCGAUACUUCUCCGCAGAUAAUUGUCGAACCUUUCUCCCGCUGAAUCUAUGGACUACAGCAAAACAGAUCAAAACCUAACUAAUAAUUUGCAACAAUUCUUUCACAAGAAUUUACUCGAAUUUAUUUUCUACAAGAACACAACGAACACGUUUACAAGAGCUAUUGCAACGCUUCUAACUUCUCAGCAUGAUCGAUACGAACAAGAAAGUGUUAGUACAAUGAUUUAAUAUUCACAUCAUGCCUGCCAUCCAGUGGUUUACGUUUAGUACCUUGAGCAUUGAUAACUUAUACUUACAUCACCUGUUUUCAGCAUUAACAUCCUCAUUCAGUUGCAACUCUGAUCAAAAUGAAUUGCAUUAACAACUUACAAUUCUUCUCAAAAUGAAUUCGAAUACGAAUUAAUGUCUCUUAUUUUCAUAGAAGUCAACAUUAAGAUUACGAUUACCAUUGUUCAUAAAAAAUUUCAAAAAUAUCACCAUUCAGACAGUCAUAGGUAGAAAAAAAAAUCAUCCUGCACAGCCACAGAAGAUCUAAAGACAUCAAAUGAGGACGAACGAGAAUACUCGUGACCUCUAUUGCGAUUGCCUAUCAGGGUAUAUGCAGCAGUGAAGUUGAAUUUAGUAUUAUGAUCGGGCGUCGAUGAUGAUGACCAUGACGUCACAACAAGAAGAAGAGGCACAGCUAGAACCUGUUGUUGACAAAGAUUGAGGUAUUACCUGUACAACUAGUUUGCUCCCUACUAGUAGAAUCUGAGGAACGAAUCUGUGCUAG